UCAGCAUAACUCGCAUCUGUUUCAUUUUCCAGAUGUGUAAGCGAGAAUCCUACCUUGAAGCAGGGAACAGGGCCAGCACCAGCACGGAUUGAGGUGUACUCAUCCAACGUCCGGAGAUAAGAGGGUCAGUAGCUUGUCCAACAGUCUUUCCCAAGCGCUGACCAUUCGCCCAAUUCAGUAGUUCGGGCAUCUUUCGAAGGUGAAGCUUCGUGUCUUGCACUCGAGGUUGAGGCCAUUCAACUCAAAACAGGGGCUGUCUACACAGCAGCAAUAAAGCCCUAAAUUAUCGUGGUACCACAGCGGAGCCUCCUGGUACGCGGCCGCAGCCUGAGCCGAUUUGCGUAUUCCUGUGUAUCGCCCAAUGCAGAAACUAGGAUUUGGAGUCACCUGAGAUGCAUUAUUUCGACCGCAAGUCCGCGAUUGUAUAACCAUUACCUGUCUUGUGCAGCCGGCGUCUCAACGAUCGACCGCUCUUGGACAUGUCAGAAACAAGACAUGCGAUGGAUGCAGAUCAGAUUAUCGUGAACUCAGUCAAGAUGCUCAUAUAAUAUCACAUCUAAUGCAGGACUGCUCCUGUGCGAGUAAAUCAUAUACUAUAUUAAAAUUUGCACACGACGACCUUAUACUUUAUCAACGGGACAGGCAAUUCACAGCGGCUUUCUAUACAAUAUCAAAGUGAUUGUUGCGCAAGCGUCCUACGCCAUGUCUCGCUCAGCUUCAUCGCCAGCGGAAAAGACUGCGAGCUCCUCGGGUUGGACCCCAGAGGAAGAUGCGCUAUUGAGAGCCGCAGUCGCUGAGAGAGGACAAUCUCGUAAGACCAUAAAGUGGCAGAGCAUAGCCCGUCAACUUCCCAAUAAAACCAGUCAAGAGUGUCGCAAACGGUGGUACUAUCACUCCUCACAACCUCUUCGCCGAGGGCCGUGGUCUCGAGAAGAGGAUACGAAACUCUGCUUAGGAGUUCGUCAGUUUGGCACAAGAUGGAUCAAAGUCGCAGAACUGGUAGGAACACGGAACGGUGACCAGUGCUACAAGCGAUGGACAGAUAGUUUGGACCCUCAGAUAGACAAGAGCCCUUGGACGGCCGAAGAGGACUCAAUAUUACUCGAAAGUGUCCAGAAGAUGGGCAGGAAUUGGAAGGAAAUCGUAAGCGCGAAACUGCCCUACCGGACAGGGCUUGCAGCCAAGAACCGGCAUUCGCUUCUCCAGCGGCAGAUCCAGAAUGGUCAACUCGUUGCAUCUACCCACUCGGAUGAGUCGGAAGAUGGGUCACCACCCCCAGCCUCCACUUAUCCACCUUCACCGGACGGCUGCGACAACAGUAUGUCAGAUUGGGCAGCUCAGACGGGAACCCCAAGUGAUCACCAUGAACCCAGCUUCAACAUGUCAGAGCAAUACGAUGGCAGCAUAAUAAAUCUCGACUCCUUCUAUUGGGAAAUGAGUCCUGAUUUCAACAAUAAUAUGGAGCAAGUAGAGUUCUUCGAAAACGCCGAGCUCUCAACGGCGGAUUCUCUCUCCACGCUCGACUAUCAGGCAUACUCUACCUCAGCAUCAACGUCGCAGGAAUGGCAUUCGGUAAACGGCAUGUUCUCCGGUGGCGAUAAUACUACCCUGCUUGACUGGGAUCCAGCUUCUCCAACACAACAAGCACAGGAACUCUUCGUUGCCCCGCAAGGCCAGGAGUAUACGACAAGAGACGUUAUCUUAAAGGCAACUUGUUAUGAGGGACAUGCCGAGUUUGCGAUGGAGGAGAUGGCAAAACUUGCCAACGGAUUAACACUAAAGGGCCGAGUCAAGAACUUCAGUUUUUCGGCGCAAUAG